ACCGCCCUUGACAACUUGCUAAGUCUAGCUACACACAGUCAGUCUAUCACUUAACAACGUGAACAUCGAGGUAGCAGGACCUAUGAUUGUCGGUGGUCCAGAAGUACUGUUUUGAUACAUCUUAGUGUAAUUUUAAGUUUUUAAAAAUGUUCAAGAACACAUUUCAGAGUGGCUUCUUAUCAAUACUAUACAGUAUUGGAAGUAAACCCUUACAGAUUUGGGACAAAAAGGUGCGAAAUGGUCACAUAAAACGUAUCACAGACAACGACAUCCAGUCCCUAGUAUUAGAAAUUGUUGGUACAAAUGUAAGCACAACAUACAUCACAUGUCCAGCAGAUCCAAAGAAAACACUGGGUAUCAAACUCCCAUUCUUGGUCAUGAUCAUCAAAAAUCUCAAGAAAUAUUUCACAUUUGAAGUACAGGUUCUAGAUGACAAAAAUGUGCGGAGGCGAUUCCGAGCAAGUAACUACCAGAGCACAACGAGAGUGAAACCUUUCAUCUGUACCAUGCCAAUGAGGUUGGAUGACGGCUGGAAUCAGAUUCAGUUCAACUUGUCAGAUUUCACACGAAGAGCUUAUGGAACAAAUUACAUUGAAACACUUAGGGUUCAGAUUCAUGCAAACUGCAGAAUCCGUCGUGUGUACUUCUCAGACAGACUUUAUUCAGAAGAUGAAUUACCAGCAGAAUUCAAAUUAUACCUACCAGUACAAGCAAAGGGGGGAGUUAGUAAAUAACAUCAUUCUGACAUUAAACAUUGACAUUGUAUAUAUAUAUGCAACAAAUUUCAAAAAUGCUACUCAAGAACUAGAAGAACAACAAUGUGAAAAGAAAUUAGGAAGAUGAAAUAUAUCGAGCAGUAUGAUCAUCGGGUAUGGCUGGAAUCGAAUGUCAUUGAGCAGUAAUUCUGCCAGUGUUACACAUAUUCGGUAUGGAAUAAGGAUGCAAAAGAUGGUACCCGAACAUAGUGCUGUCUUGUAAACUGAACAAAUACCAAUGCCAUGGCCAUUCUGAAGUGUUCAUAUUACAUUUAUUUCCAUGUACCUGCCCGUUGUCGAGUGCUACUGAAGGCACUGAACAGCCAUAUUGAAACUUGUCCUUUCUCCACAAAAUGAACAGAACAAUCUCAGGAAUACUUUCGGCAAGCAACUGCAGUUAAUUGGAGAAUGACUAUCAUGAUAAUGCUGAAUUUGGAAUAAGUGAACUUCCGCCAGAAGAAGGAAAUUAGAUAAUUGUUGGAAUAAAGAUAAAUAGGAAUGAAUCUAGGUGUCUUGUAUUCAGUUGGGGAUAUGUUGCAAUAUAUACCAGAUUACUUGUUAAAACUUGUUUAACGUAUGUCCCAACGUUUCAUCACAGAAAAAUCUCAUUACAAUCCAAGUCAUGGUAAUAUUUCAAAUGUUACUACACAUUAUGAUCAACUUGUAAAUACUUAUAUAGUAAAUAAAUUGUAUAUUGAUGUACAUACAUGCCAAAUAUA